AUGAAACCGAUACGAGCCCUCGUACCUGCUAUUCUGGCCGCUGGCCGCGUCAUCGCACUGCCACAGCACGGUCACACACAGCAAGUUCUCGCGACAAAGAACCCGGCUAGAACACACGGCGUAGGCCACUUCAGCGAAUGGAGCCGCGCCACAAAGAAGCAGUUUUUGAUCGAUUGGCAGGCCGGCAAAGAGGCUGAGUGGACAAUUGUUCAGGGCAACGAGGGCGGCGACCUGGAUUCCAUGACUGCAGCGCUUACAUGGGCCUACCACCUGGGGCACUCGACCGAGAACACAUCACAUCCAAUCAAGGCAAUUGCUUUGCUACAGACUCCGUCCCAUGCGCUGGAUCUGCGACCGGAGAAUACGCUGGCGUUGGACAAUUCGCUCAUGACACCAGGCCAUGAAGAUCUUCUAACACUAGAUGAGCUGCCGGAAGACCCGGAAACGCUGGGUAAAAAGCUCAAGGGCAUUGUGCUGGUUGACCAUGGGAGCCCGUUACGGAAAUGGAAUGGAUCCAACAUCUUGAGCAUCUUCGACCAUCACAAGGAUCGUGGAACUGCCCCAGAUGCAGAACCGCGUGUUUUCGAGACGGUAGCGAGCUGCACUACGCUCGUCGCGCGGCAGAUGCUCGAUGAGCUUGAGAAGUUGCCCCAAGAAUACCAUCUGGCGCACGAAAUGCUUGAGCUCGUCCUCAGCGCAAUUGCUAUUGACUCUGGUGGCUUGACCAGCGACAAGACGACCAAAACUGACAUUGAGACGUCGAGGCGCAUCUUAGCACGAAGCAAUUGGAGGAACGAGGAUCUAAGAGACGUCAUGGAGGAGCUCGACGACGAGCUCAGCGAAGCCCAAAGGGACAUUGACCACCUUGGCCUACGCGACCUGCUACGUCGCGACUGGAAAGGCGACAUCAUCGACACAAUUUCCCCCGACAUGCCCACGGUCAGCGUAGGUUUCGCCUCAGUCCCAUACUCAAUGGACGAGCAGAUUCUCAAGACGGAGUUUGCAGAGCUUUUUGACUGGUUCGCCAUCCACGCCGCCUGGACCGCCGAAACGGGCGUCGACGUUUCCGUUUCCCUCAACAAAUACAAAAAGUACUACCGAGACGGGCAAAAGGAAAAAAUCAGGGAAGUCGUUCUCGUCGUCAGAGAUGACGUACGCAUCGACCAGGCUCAAGCCGACUCGCUCUUCGACGUCGUAAAGAACGCAAUCGAGAACAACGACGAAGGCAUUGAGUUUGUUCCUUGGCAUAGAGCCGAUGAAUUGGCUCCGAGACAGAUGGUCUGGACACACAAGUCGGAUGCGAAUCGCAAGGUCAUUAGGCCUGUUGUUGAAGACGCGGUUAUGUCGUGGCGAUGA